AUGGAAGGUGAAAUUGAACCACACAAUAUUAAUUGGAAAAAUGAAUUUUUAAAAUUUGAUAAAGAAAUUAAACAAGUUUUAAAUGGAAAUGAUGAAACAAUAUUAAUAAACUUAUUUCACAUUGGAUCAACAUCAAUUGGUAAUGGAUUAAAAUCAAAACCAAUUAUAGAUAUGUUAUUAGUUGUAUCCGAUAUUAAUAAAUUGGAUGAUCAAAAAGUUAAAGAAUCAUUUGGAAAAAUUGGUUUUGAAUGUAUGGGUGAAUUUGGUAUAAUAAAUAGAAGGUAUCUAAGAAAGUCAAAUGAUCGGGGUAUUAGAAUAUGUCAAAUUCAUUCAUUUCAAUUUGAUAUAUCACUUUAUGAUAUAGAAAGACACUUAGCAUUUAGAGACUACUUAAUUUCUAAUCCAUCUUUAUGUAAAGAGUAUAGUGAAUUAAAAGAAAAUCUUAUCCAAAGUUCAAAAGAUAACAUUGAUGAUUACUGUAAUGGGAAAGAUUAUUGGAUUAAAAAGAUUGAAAAAGAAUCAUUAAUUUGGUUUUUAAAAAAUAAAAAAUAA